AUGCCCGCCAACGAUAUCCGUCUGCUCGCUCUCGACGGGGGUGGCGUCCGUGGCCUCUCCUCCCUCAUGGUCUUGCGCAGCCUCAUGGCUACUAUUGACCCUGACCACCCGCCUAGACCCUGCGACUAUUUUGACAUGAUCGGCGGCACCAGCACCGGGGGGCUGAUCGCCAUCAUGUUAGGGCGCCUGCGCAUGUCCGUCGACGAGUGCAUCGCCGCCUACACCGCCCUAUCCGACGAGGUCUUCGAGAAGAAGAAUCACAGGAUCAGACUAAACGGUCAGCUUCAAGGCAGAUUCGAUAGCGUGGCUCUCGAGCGGGCUGUCAAGAAGAUCCUCGCGCGCACAAACCAUCAUGAGAAUGUCCUGUUGAAAGAUGCUUCCGACUCGUAUUCGUCUGCGCAACGAGCCAAGGAGACGGCCGACACGAGAAACGCUUACCGCACUCGCAGUCGCAACGAAAAGGAGGAGGGUCUUAGUGCUACAUGGGCUCUGCGGCGUCGGCAAGACGCAGCUGGCCAUUCACUUCAUACGAACUCACCAGGCCGCUUUCGGCUCGGUCUGUUGGCUCGACAGCUGUUCAGAGGAUCGGCCAAGGUGGAGUCUCGUUAG